ACCUGUGCUCUUCCUGUCUCCCCUGGCUUUCCAAAAAUGGCGGACACGUGCGGCCAAGUAUUGCUGGGAUCAGGGCUCACCGUCCUCUCCCACCCUUUGAUGUACAUUAAAGUCCUGAUCCAGGUAGGACAUGAGCCGCUCCCUCCCACCCUGGGCAGGAACCUGUUUGGCAGACAAGUCUACCAGCUGCCUGGACUGUUUGCUUAUGCAAAGCACAUCAUCAAAAUUGAUGGAAAAGUGGGUCUCUUCAAAGGACUCGGCCCAAGGCUCUGUGCUGGCACCAUCGGUACUGUUGUGCACAGCAAAGUUGUUCAGAAAUGUCAGGAACAAGGUGCACCUCAGGUACUGGGUGGACAGCAGAAGGCUGUGGAGGGCUCCCUACAGCAUGUGGUUAAUGAGACGACCAAAGAAAUGAUAGCUCGCUCCUGUGCCACGAUCGUCACACAUCCCUUUCAUGUGAUUACUUUGCGAUGUAUGGUCCAGUUUAUUGGGAGAGAAGCUAAAUACAGUGGAGUGUUUGACUCCAUCAUCACAGUCUACAGAGAAGAAGGCAUACUGGGCUUCUUUGCUGGUUUGAUCCCUCGCCUGCUCGGUGACGUUCUCUCCCUGUGGAUUUGUAACCUGCUGGCUCACCUCAUCAAUACGUACGCCAUCGAUGACUCGAUGAGUCACACAGGAGAAAUCAAGAACUGUUCUCAGGCUGUGACAGGGUUCUUUGCCAGUAUGCUCACAUACCCGUUCGUUCUGGUGUCAAACCUCAUGGCCGUCAAUAACUGCGGGCUCGCCGGAGGCCUGCCUCCCUAUGCAUCAGUAUAUCCCACCUGGGUGGACUGCUGGAGGCAUCUAAGCAGAGAGGGCAACAUGAGCAGAGGCAACAGUUUAUUUUUCCGGAAGCUUCCGGCAGGAAAGAUGUACGCAAUCGACCAGAAGAGAUUUUUUUAAAGCCUCAAGAGAACUGAGCUGAACAUAGUUGUGAUAAUAAAAAAAAUUUAACAAAAAACAAACAAACAAAAAAAACCAACAAAAAAAACAAUGCCUGGUCUUGGGGUUGGACAGUUGGCACUUAAAUUUUUUUUGUAUGCACUUCUUCUUCUUUUCCUGUAACAACCUGCCAUCAUGUGAAAAAAAAAACAAAAAAACACUAGAUUUUCCAGCAGGUUAUGUUUUAUUAACAGAAAUUUACGCAACAGGACAAUGAGAUGGAACAUGACAGCAACAGCUCGUGCUGUCAAUCAACCUGCAUAAUGCUAUAACAGAGCAAUGUGUAAGUGCCCCUCCCAAAUAUUUUUUAUAUACAUUGAUUAUUAAUAAUGACUCCCCCUCAUCCGUGUGAUGGGAUUUGUUUGUUGAAAACAGCACCUCAGUCUGCAUGUGGUAAUGUCUAAUAAUUCACUUUAAUGAUCAAGUGGGACCUUUUGUCAUGUGGUAUUGUCUCGAUGUGUUAAUUAUUGUAAAGCUCGCUGCUUGGUGGGCUCGUAAUGAAGGAGGAGCUAAAAGACUGGGAGGUGGCGGUCAUCCAGGAGCAUGUGUGGUCGUACACAGGCACUGAGAAGAGCCUGAGCCUGAGCUGACCUCUGACCUAAACCUCUCUGAUGCGCUGAAGAAGUCAAGUGCUUGUAUCAGCUCAUUCUGACUAACCCAAAUAAAACAGCUUCUUUUUUUUGA